AUCCAAGUUUCAACAACUCUUAUACGACCAUAUUUGGUAUGUUGAUUUAAUUUUCAUCCAAUGGUCAAUAUGUUUAAAAGAAAUUAGUUACUAAUUUUCGCAGAUACUAUAACAAAAUUAGUAUUUUGUUUUUUUCACUUCCACGUAUUGCGAAAAUUUGACACCUUAUGUACAUAGAGAUAGAAGUAAAGUAUUAGUAUUACUAUUAACUAUUAUGGCAUCUUUAUAUUUAGUACUAGUUUAUAAAAAAAAUCCAUAGGAUUAUCUUCUACUUGCAAAUUUCAGUUAUCCUAUUGUAAUAUCUUUUUCAGUAAAACUAAAGAGGAAAUACAUCAUCAUAUUUUUUAGUAUACCAACAAAUAAUUUCAUGACACAAUGCUUCUAAAGAUUAAGACAAAUUAAACUCCCCAAAAUUCCUUCCAUAUUAUUCAACAAAUAUCACUGUUUUGAUAUGUUUGGAUAUGGUCUUUCAGAAUUUUCAUUCUCUAUAAAUAUCAGAAAGUGAAACCUUUUUUCACACACAUAAAAACACUGUUAGCGAUAUAAAACACAGAUUACAAAAAAAGAAGCACAAAUCAUCAUGAGCAUUUUGAAAGGAACAAAAAGGUAUAUUGCCGUGGCAAUAUUCAUAGCAUGUUUGUUCAUAAGCAACAUGAACGUAGCAGCUGCAAAUGUUAUUGGCUAUCCGCCAAUAAAAGGCGGCGAUGACCAACCAGGAUGUGAUCAUGGCAAAUGUCCACCCAAACAACCGGCGAAUCCGUACCAUCGCGGUUGUGAAAAAACAAAUAGAUGUCGCGGUCCAUCUCCACCAGUUCCUCCUCAAAAGAUGAUAUAAUAGGGAAAAAAAGUAGUUUCAAUUUGUAACAAUGUAACAAAGCCCCAUGAAUAAAAACUAUUGUUUGGUUUUGUUUAAUCCAAACUGUUAUUUCUAUUUUCUAAAUCAUACAAAGUACAAACCAAAUCAAUUUAGAUGGCUUCACAAACACCAGUGACCUAAUUAUGUCUGAACCAAUUCUGGUUACUGAAAAUAGGUAGUAAACGUGA